AACUCAGAAUUUUGUUCCAGCCACUAGCUCACCAUUGCUGUCUGGAUCUGGAUACAACUUUAUCACCUUAAAAUGGAACACAUCGGUGGAUGUGUCCGGAAGCAUUGCGUUUUACAUAUUGCAAGUUCACCUCAACUCUCAAUCGCCGGAGAAUUCUAUGGAGUUACGACCUUCAAUCCCAAAAUACGUUAUGGUACGUAAGAGAGCAAAUAUUUUCGUGCACGCUGAAUAUUUUACAUUCAUAAUUUAUAAUUCAGAAAUCGUAUGAACCCCGUCGUUUUCUCUUUUAAGCAGAGCGAGCAUGUCCUAUCUAUAAUAUUUAACAAUUAUUCGCCGAGGGCGAGGUGAUUAUCGGUGAAGAGCAUGCAGGUUAACAUUGGGAAGAAUAGGUUAACACUAUUUGUAAGAGAGUACUUUUAAAGUUAAACUUGUUCAGGAGAAGUAAAUGUUUUCGUCCACUUGAAACCUGCAGGAAGUUGUUCUUCAAUGCUUACUGUAUAUUGACUAUUGUGACAUUGUGUGGGGAGACUGCAAUAACUUGACCUUCAUGUAUUCCCUGCAUGCAAGUUCUACAUAAUUAUUGCAAAGCAGCAAAGGAAAAUUAAUUCUUAAACACGGGAGUAUACUUUUCUUCAAUCACAGAGGCCCUUUAGUGUCCAAUUGGAAGGCAUUAGAUUGUGUAAACCAUUACAUUGACUAUAUACCCAUUUCAAAUCAACUAUAACAAACAAUUUCAUAAUUACAACAAAAGAUAUAUAACGAACGUUAGCAAGCCACGACCAACACGGUUAUGGGGUCAACAGACAGCAGUUGCACGGGCUUCUGGGGAUUUACUUAACGUCCGUGACCUUAAUUAAGCAAUUGCCCUUACCACUGCAGAUAAAUUUUAAUAUAUAUGGCUAUAAGAACCUGAUUCUCUGAUAUUAGUAUAUAUAAUCAAUCUGAUUUAUAACUUAAACUAGGUUACCCACAGGGCAGUAAUGCUGCCUUUGACAGCAAAAGACAAACUACAGGGUGUUGAACGAGUUCUUGAGAAACAUCCUAUUAUUGUUAUCCUUGUUAACUCAUUUAUUGACAGUACCCUACCACUGACUGAGUAUUAAAAAUCGUCUGGCGUUGGACAGGAUAAAUACUAAAGUAGGGUCCAUUACUGUGUUGAUGAAUUAACAAAAGCCAUUGGCAGAUAGGUUUGUUAACCCAUUUACUGGCAGUACCCUAUACCACUGACGAGUAAAAUCUUCUGGCGUUGGACAAGGGAAGGGCGCAUUGCCAGCUAAUGGGUUAAACCACCGUGGUUAAACAUAAGAUUUCAUGAUGCUCCAGGAGAUGUAAACAAGCUAUCAGUGUGACAUCCCAGUUUAUAUAUUUAUAUACUCGGAAUAUUGAUUUAUCGGUAUAAAAUUAUAUAUAUCGGUAUAUAAUUAUAUAUAUUAUAUUUAUCGGUACAAAAUUAUUUUAAAGUAUAACAACCAGCGAAGACGUAAGCCACUAACUACCCUGCGCGGCUGCACGCAGACUAUAUAAUGACAUAUAUAUGUCAUCCGUCCGGUCCGUCCGUCGCCAUCCGUUCGUCCGUCCGUCCGUCAUUCAUCCAUCCGGCCGUAUCCGCGUUUUAUCCUAACCCGUUUUUAAAACACAAAGUUGGCAUAAUUAAGGCAGUGCGGUUCGUCAUGAUCAACAUUUUCAAAAGCGGCCAAUUAGACCAGGGGUUAAAGGGCAAUGACAAUGACAUGCAGGUAACAUUUAACAUUGCGUCUCACUAAUUAAAAUUUGCGUGUUUAAUAAUGUUUAUCAAAGAAAGCAAAAAUGUAUACAAGACAAUCUCACAUGUGGAAUUUUUUUCACUUACGUACUGCCUUGUGAUGCAAUACAAGUAUAAAUACAAAUAACAAAGCAUUUGUAAAUUCUAAAACAUAAUUAAAAAAUCAUACGGCACAUUUAAGAUUUUAAUAUCGUAUUUCAGCCGCGUUUAUACUGUUUGGCGCAUUCGCUGCGUUGUAUUCAUUUAUAUACACAGAAAAGCAUGUCAUUGUCCAUGCAGACCAUAGGCAAAAAGCAUUUGUCAACCACAUACCAAAUUUAAGCAAUCGUUAAAUCAUAUACAUGUCAUGGAAAGAAUAUGGAAAUAAUGUUGAAUGAAAGCUUCGCGUAUAAUAUCAAAAGCACCGCAUAUAGUGCUCGAACCACUGCGAAUAAUUGCAAAAGCACCGCGUAUAUAAAUGGUGAAAGCACCGCGUGUAAUACUGGAACCACCGCGUAUAAUGGCGAAAGCACCUUGUAUAAUGCCGAAAACACCGCCGUAUAAUGCUAAAAGCACCCAACAAAAUGCCGUUUGAUCACUCUAAGCCAGCUAUGGCUUUCCAUAAAAGAAGACCAAAGAUGAAAGAUGAUCACAUCACCUGUUUGCCUUAUGCCUGACCGCGCUUCACCACGGCUAAAAUUCACUGGUACCGUCAUGCAAUGCGCCAAAUAGAAAAUUUUGAUUUCGACCCACAAAACAAAAUUAGGACUGCUGCCUUGCUCGCUCGCUUCAGGCUCGCUCGCUGCGGCAGCAAUUAAUAACUUUUGUAAUAGUUUUAAUAUAUGAUAUUAUACAACUAUUUAAGGAUACAGAACUGUCUGUUGCAGUGUAGAGGUACAGUAUAGUGCCAAUAAAAAAACAUUAAUUGCUAGGGAUGCAUGCAACUAUACCUGGAAAAGACAAGGAGAAAUUCGACGUGUCGAAGAAGGCGUUUCGUCGGGAAGAGUGACUUUGCUCAAAACGUCGAAUUUCUCCCUUUUUUUCCAGCUAUAUAGGUAGUUGCAUACAUACCGACAAGUAUUUUAAUUUGUAAUUGUUUAAGAACCAUGAUCGAUAAAAAUACCGUAAGAUUAUUACUAUUAUCAUGAAUAUCUAGAUCACUAUUGCACAAAGCCUAAAAAUUUGACGUUUAAAACUGUCAUAUUGUUAUGCAUCAGGAGCCGGUUGUUCAAAGCUAGAUUAGCUUAUACGUCUACGCUGGUGCAACCGAUUGUUCGACUGAAUCUGGUUAACUUAACCCUAGCCUGGCUAGGUUAACCGAAAAUUUAAAGCAAAUUUUCCAACAGCUUGUAUAGACCCAUUGCACUGACGUCACAAAUCCUUAGAGUGUCCUCCAGAUGCUCCCUAAUAAUAUCUGUUCGGGUACAACAACCACAUACAAACGCAAAAAUUAACCAUUUAAAUACAAAAUUAUUAUAAACUUUUACAAAAUUUGCAUUAUUUACAAAAGUUGUACUAUGCAUAGAUACGAUUGCUAAUUUGGCCUCCAGAUGCAUUAUCACUGGCGCUGUGAGGUCAUGUGCCAUGGGUCUGCAGCUGGAGUUUUCUUCACAGGGGUCGGUUGUUAUACACUGUUAAUUUCAAGGAGUUAUUUUAACUCCACCAUUAUUAAAGUUAACUACUCCACUCGGGAGAGUAAAAAUGGUGGAGUAAAAUCUACUCCCAAAAUGGAGUUAAAACUACUCCCCUUCUGCGCACAUUGCACAAUUUACUUCAUUGGGAGUCAAUUUAACUCCUCUGGAGGAGUAAAUUAAACUCGCUUCUGGCAAUAGAAGUUAGGGAAUACUAUACCCUUUAAAAAGUAAAAACAACUCUACUUAAGGAGUAAAACUUACUUCAAAAAAGGAGUCGUUCUGACCUUUUACUCCUCGAAAUUAAUAGUGUAUAGUUCGAACCUUCAGAUAAAAUUUUCCAGCAUUUUUAGUUUACGUAUUUUCUGCACGUCUGUUUAUGAAAAUGUCAGAGAAGAAAACACCGGCUAUACUGAUGCAGACAAGAUUUCUGAAAGAAUGUUUCCAAAUGUAUAUAGAUCGCGCUGUUGGGAAGUUUGCUUUGCAAUUUGGAUUAGCGUAUAGGGUUAUAAGCUUAUCAGUUUUCGAACAACCGAAUCCUGAAGUUUUCAAAAGUAAACAGACGUAUGAAUAUAUACCCAUAUAUUAUUAACUGCUUCCUUCUGGAGGGAAGAACAGCAGGUUAAAAUUUAACCCAAAGGCUUAGUGCCAAUGGAGCUUUCAGCAACGGCUCCUGAUGUUUUUCAGAAAACUGUAUUGAGCCACCUAUAGCUUAAAUUAAGCUCUCUAUUAUUUGCCAAAAGACGGGACUUCUACACAUUUAGAUAUUAGGCUCAUUCUCUAAUUUUUGUGAGGAAUUUAAUUUUUAAAUUUUCCAUGCACCUGAUUUAGGUAAAAGGAAGUUCCACAAACCUUCAAUCAUUUACUGUUGAGAAUCUCGUUAAUGGCUUCGAUUACAGAUUCCGAGUUGCUGCAAUAGGUUGGAAUGGAACUAUGAACAGUGAAUACAGCAAUUGGAGCCCAUGGUAUUCGACAAGUG